AUGCACCCUCUGAACAGAUACCGUCAUCCUCCAGACUUUUCUUCUCUAGCCAAAUCGUACCCUCCUCUUAAACAAUAUGUCCAGAAUACCGACCAUGGAUCAAUUAUCGAUUUCCACGAUUCUGCUUCUCUCCGUACUCUGACCGAAGCUCUUUUACACAAUGAUUGGCAAUAUGUCAUCUCUAUCCGUAAAGAUAGGUUAUGUCCAACAAUCGCAAACCGACUCGAUUACUUACUCCGGAUACUAGAACUUGAGAGGUAUCUACCCCUCACUCAUCCCGGUCCAUUACGAGUGGUCGACAUAGGUACGGGUCAUGUAGCCAUUUAUCCUUUACUCUUACAUCGUCUUCGACCUCAAGCGAAGAUAUACGGUACUGAGAUAGAUUCAGUGUCAUUUGAACAUGCUUCUGAGACGUUAAGAAAGAAUGAAAUAGAGGGUAGUGUGAAGUUGAUGUUGAGGAAUGAGAAGGACAUGAUUUUGCCGUUGAACGAGAUUGGGGAGGUGGAUUUCAUGAUUUGCAAUCCACCUUUUUUCGGGUCGAUGAAUGAGAUGGAAGAGGGACAAGCGAUGAAAAAGUCAGGUGCAUACGGAGCUGCUACAGGCGCCCAAGUCGAAUUAAUCACUCCAGGUGGAGAAGUCGAAUUCGUCCGUCGAAUGAUUGAUGAAUCUUUACAAUUCGGUGAAAAGUGUUCAUGGUAUACUUCACUAAUCGGGAAAUACUCUUCUCUUUCUCCAUUGGUCAACCACUUACGUUCUCAAGGAUGUACAAAUUACCUAGUACAAUCUUUCAAACCAUCCCAUACCGUCCGAUGGAUCUUAGCUUGGUCAUAUACUCGAAUCCGUUUACCAGAUUCACUUACUCGACCACGUCAUCUUAUAGGUGGUACUUCCUUCACACGACUUUUACCCCUCAGUACUACUUUUAGUCAUAUUUCUCAUCCUCCUAUUCCCAUCUAUGAACUUCGAAAACGCGUCAUGAUCGUUCUUAGAGAUAUUCAUUUGCUCGAAGUACCCGAAUUAUCAUACGACCACACUCAAAGAAAGUCAGAGACCAACUUAUUGUCCAAUUGGGAAAUUGAAGAAAUAGUGCUCGAACCCAGGAUAAACACAUGGUCACGACACGCCCGACGACAUGGCGUAACGAAUUCGACAGAGAUGACCGAACCGCUCUUCCGUGCUAGAUUGAUAUUCGAGUCGUCUCCUCGCUCAGGAAGGACUGGUAGUGGGCUCCGAUUAGAGUGGCUCGAAGGAAGGGAUAGGACUAUCGUGGAGGGUUUGUGGAAGUAUAUCCUUAACAAAGCUCAAUUGCUCCGUUCGGCAGAUCCACCACAAUCUGCCCCUCAGUAA